UCCGAACCUCUUCCCAUAGAUUAGACCAACCCACGCCGCUUCGGACAUCCGCUCACCACCAACAAAUCCGCCUGUCGCAGUAUCUGCUCUCUGAAAAUAACUACUGCUAGAAAGAUAUUUACUGGCUGACUGACUGCUUUACAUCGCCGAGUAUACUGCCAACACCCGCGCUGAACGACCUCCACAAAUCCCGCAGUCAUGUCCGACUUCAGCACCGCCAUGACCAACAGGUCCCUACGGACUAUCAAAACUGAGCUAGAAUUUCUCCUCGACGCGAACGUCAUUACGAGCCAGCAGUUUGAUACCAUCACCAGCCAGCUUCCGCUCAAUGCGGCGGCCGUCGCUCGUACACCGAUACCUACUCCGUCCCCCCAGCCCCCUGUGCAACAGAUGGCCAACGUAGCGAUCAAGAAGGAUUCCGAGCCGGAGAAGAAGGUGGGAUAUUACGCGCAGGAUACUGUCGCGAAUCCUCCGCCUCCCGCGUAUCCUGUCGCUCCCACCGCUCCUAUAGCCCCUCCGGUCCUCGCACACGCAACCGCCAUGUACCAGUACAACGCACAAGAUGCAGGCGAUCUCGCCCUCAUGCCCAACGACAGGAUUACCGUCACAGAGUACAUGAACAAUGAGUGGUGGAAGGGCCGCAACGAGCGUACCGGCCAGGAAGGCAUCUUCCCGGCUAGCUACGUACGCAAGGAGGAGCGCGCACCCGUCCCCAUCCCUCCCCAUGCCCCUGCGCCUAGCAACUACGGCAACAUGCCCUUGGACGUCAGCAAUGGCGCCGCAAGUGACUCCACUGGCAAGGCCCCGUCGAAAAUGGAAGAGAACGGGAAGAAGUUUGGCAAGAAGCUCGGCAAUGCAGCCAUCUUCGGCGCCGGAGCGACUAUUGGAGGCAAGAUCGUGAACGGCAUCUUCUAGUCUUUUUCAUUUUUCGGAAGGUGUGACCCUCCGUAGCAACAUCCCCAAUAGCAUUUAGGUGCUUGUUUGGCGAUGUCAAUCUUGUCACUUUCUCGGGUUUCUACGAUAUUUCCUUAGGUCAGCGUAUCAGAGAUACUGUUUGAUUGGUGCGCUUCCCUUGCCUCGAUUCCCUGGUAUUUCGUCUUAACGAUUUUCCCAGUCUUUUCCUUUCUUCACCAAACGAGUGGUUGUCGCUUAUAUUUUCCCUCUUAUAUAUUUUGGCAUGAGCGUGGACCGCUAUGGGCUCUCUUAAAGUCAAAUAAGUAUCAGUUGUACGCCGCUUCCCGAUGUCGCAUAUACCUCCCUUUGAUGCUCUUGAUGCCGACACGUCACAUUCACGGACACGGUGAAUUCCUAUGGACCGUUUGAU